AUGGUGGAACAAGCAGUCGGCAGGGCAGCCAUACGGGCAAGGCAAAUACUACUAGACCCCCAACCAGGCAAGACUCUAUUCCCGGCGGACACCUCCAACUCCGAUAUAGCGAAGAAACUGAAAGACGCCCUCUCCAACAUUCGAACUGACGACACACCCCCGGGAGACAUCAAGGCAGUUCUCUCUCUCCGCAAUGGAGGGAUCAUCGUUGAACUGGAAAGUGAAUGUUUAGCAUCCUGGAUGCGUGACCCCAUUGGCAGAGCUCUGCUUGAAGCACAAUUUGACACUGAAGUAUCGUUCCGAAAGCGCACGUAUGCAUUAGUCCUGGAAUACUUACCGAUUCAACUACAGAUUGAACAAGAAGAAUUUCUACGUAAGGUCGAGAACGAAAACAACCUUCCGGACCACUCUUUAGCUACUGUCAGAUGGAUCAAGCCCCCCACACGCCGUACUCAGCAACAACGAAAAGCAUUCGCUCUUCUCCAAGUCAUCGAAGCACCUAUCGCCAAUGACAUCCUAAGGGAUGGACUGUGCAUCAACAACGAACGAAUUGAAGUACGCAAGGACAAAAGGGAACCACUCCGAUGCGCAAAAUGCCAGCGCUACGGCCACAUAGCGCGAAAUUGCUCUGCCUCAUCUGAUAUAUGCGGCACCUGC